CGAAGCCAGAUCAGUCAGCAGCCAUUCACAAGACCGAUUCACGGAGUAUUUCUGUUUUCUCGUGGUGAUCGUUUAUUUUUUAUCCUAACGGGGACCAUGAUGAUCCCGAGUGUCAUCGCGCCUCCGGCCCUAUACCCGGGGCUGUACCGGCCUACCGCGGCUCUUCCGUCCACCUUUCCGGGCCACUCCAGCUUCCUGGUGGAGGACCUGCUGCGGAUAAGCCGCCCGGCUGCCUUCUUAAACCGAACCGUCCCACCAGUGAGCGCCUCUCUGCCGGCCGCCACCUCCUCCGCCUCCUAUCACGGAGCCCCAGCGGAGCGCGCAUUUGCUACAGCCGCGGUGACGCGCGAACCCUGCUCACCCAAAACCUCAAAGGACCCAAGUUUCCUCAAGUUUGGAGUGAGCGCAAUUCUGGCCCCCUCACCAAAGACCACAUCCUCACCUCCAGCAAUCCACAGUCUCCACUCCAAGACAUUUCCUGUCCCCUGCUUUGAUGGAACCUUCCACCCCAUAUUCAGGACACCAUAUCUACCAGCAUCCUCUUCCGUAGUUCCCAUCCCUGGGACCUUUUCAUGGCCUCUGGCUGCCAGAGGAAAACCCCGCAGAGGAAUGCUAAGGAGGGCAGUGUUCUCAGAUGUCCAGCGCAAAGCUCUGGAGAAAAUGUUCCAGAAACAGAAAUACAUCAGCAAGCCUGACAGAAAGAAACUGGCCUCUAAACUAGGCCUAAAAGACUCUCAGGUGAAAAUCUGGUUUCAGAACCGCCGGAUGAAAUGGCGCAACUCCAAGGAAAGGGAGCUUCUCUCAUCCGGUGGAUCCCGUGAGCAGACUCUGCCCACCAAAUCUAACCCCCACCCAGACCUCAGUGACGUGGGUAAAAAGUCCUCAGCUGAGGAUGAAGAGGAAGAAGAGGAGGAAGAGGAGUUUGGAAGAGGCAGAAUGAGUGUGGCAACGUGCAGCAUUUCCUCCCCUUCCAUAUCCAGCAAGCACUCGGACUUCUCAGAAUCAGAUGACGAAGAAAUAACAGUCUCUUAAUUUAUUUUUAGAGGCAAAUAUAGACUUAUUAUCCAUAGGUGGUUUUAUGUGACUGUGAACAGAUUUGUAAGAAGCUGCUGGCCUGAAACAACAUCUCAUUACAUGUUUUUCUGUUUGUUGCAUUUUGCGCACUGGACAGGAUUUGCCUCUGAGAGCGUUUGCUGUUUUUGCACAGCUUUGUUCAACUGUACAGAAUUUUGUACAAUUUGUAUGGAAAUUUUAUGCCAAGAAUAUUGAGUUAUGUUCAUCCUGAUACUGAAUAGAGUUCUUUAUUGAGAAAAAUGUAGCUAUUUCGUUAAUAAUUUAUAUACAUUUGUUUAAGUAUGUUGUACUAUGUCCUGUAUAUAUGUUUUAUUUCACGACUUUUGUACAAACACCAAAUAAAA